UUUACAUGCACUCGAAAAUAUCAGCAUCUGGUCUUAGACAAGGGAUAAAGUCAUCUAUCUCAUACCCUUGAUUAUCUGUGGAAGGAAUUGUCCGAUUCAUCCGACCCAAGAUGUCAGCAUCAAUCGCCCCCGAGUGCAAUGAUAUCAAAGAAAAAUAUGAUACAUGCUUCUUGAAAUGGUACAGCGAAAAGUACCUCCGUGGCAACACCACCUCUAAUGAUUGCGACGAGCUUUUCAAGAAGUACAGGGCUUGUUUGAAUCUCGCACUGAAAGAACGGGGUAUCGACACCAUGCUUGAUGAUGCUCGCAAGAGUGCGAAGGAGAGCGAAGCUGAAUACACGCGGAAAAGCUGAUGCGUUGUGUUCACGAUUUUUUAUCAAUCUUUUCUUUCGUUUCCUUUCGUUCCUCUUUCGAUGUUUUUUUUUUCUUGCAUUAGGGAUGUUGGUUACGAUGGACCUCUCCUCUCCGACGACAUAGGGUUGGUCCAGAGACCCCGCCCAGCGAAGCAUUCAUCUCAUUUCAUCUUAUUUUGUGCUGUAUCUGACUCUCCUAUCGGGUGUUUCAUUGUCGAGAGAAGACGAGUCUACGAUUGUAUUAUUAACACAUGUCAUUUUGGCGUUUUGGGUGCAUCUCUCUAGACGCUUUUGCUAUCAUGGCAGGAGUUCUAACUGUCUAUCUAGCUAUGUUGUACUAUAUAUGAAGCAUAUACUGAAGGUUAAAGCUUGAUCUUGCAACCCGUC